ACAGAUGAGCCAAGUACUAUUGACUUAGAUGCUGGUAGCUCAAAACAAGAAUUGAAUGUUAGUAAACCUUCUGAAGUACAAAUAUCUGCCCAUUCAUUAAAUGAUAAUGAAGAAUCUGAAUUAACAUUUGCUCAGGCGGAUUGUAGAGUUUGGGUGAAACCUGCAGAUGUAUUAUUUACAGAUAAUAUCAAAGAUGAAUUAGAGUUCCAGAGUGUAGUUGAAGUUAAAGAUGAAGAAAUUGAAGAGAAAGACAUGAAAAUAAUUGAAAUUGAACAACGUGAACCUCCCAAAGCCAUUGCUAUUGACAACCAACCUCAGAAAUUUGUUAUACCAAAAUUAAAAAAAAUUAACUCAUUUAUUAAUGAAUCUAUUACAAAAAGAAAGAAAAGAAAUGUUAAUAAAUUAAGAACGAGCAGACCUAGACCUAUAUUGCCAAUGACACAAACUGUAACUUCUACAAAUCACCCACAAUUAGAUCAAACUUCUAAGCCAAGUCAAAUUAUUAUGCCUUCGCCUCAAAUGCCUGGGAUUUCUUAUCAAAUUAUUCUUGGAGAUCAUAAAACGGCAAAUACUAAUAAUCAAGUUCAGUACGCAAUGCUACAACCACAACCUCUAUUCUUACAACAAACGCCUACGUCAGUUACAUCUUCUUCUAUGGUAAUUAAUCAACCAUCGCAAGGUAUGGUAAUUAACCAACCUUAUCAAAUGAUCCAAACCACUGCCCAACUUCCAAGUGCUAAUAAAAUUGUAGCUCAUGAUUAUUGUACAUAUUGUUUUACAGUUGUGAACAAUAUGAAUGAGCAUGUAAUGGAGUGUUGGGCCAACCCUAAUAGUAAAAAUUAUAAAUUUAGAAAAAUUGCACCAUCUAAAUCUUAAAUUUGUAUUGUGGUGUAGGCAUUUCCAAGUUAUUAUUUAUUAAUUUCUUACUUUUAGUUUGGAUAGUCAAAUAUAUCACGUUAGCUACCAUGAGGAUCACAGGUAUUUCUCACACAGCUCACAGACUUAACUUGUGUACUUGACAUGUUAAAAAAAACUUCUCAUUGCGAGAUUUUUAAGGUUCACUGGUGUGACAAGAAGACUAAUGAUUCAAAGUUGCUAUUGGUCUGCUAACAUAGUUCAUGUGAGAGACGCCUGUGUUUCUCAUGGUAUAUAAAUACAUUUUUUUGUAAAUGGGUCUGGUAGCCAAUGUGAUAUUUUAGAAAAUAAAAAUUACAUUUAUUGUACCUGUUAAACUGUGUAUCGUUUUUUUCAUUGUAAAUGUACGUACCACCUAGUAGUAUUGUUUUAAGAAUAAUACACAUUGCGUUAAAAUAAGUAACAUAAUUAUUAUUAUAAUAAAUAUUAUACCUGUAUGUUUUUUAUAAUCAAUGAGUACUAAUAUAUUUGUCUGAAUUUAUUUUGUUGACAAUUUUUAAUUAUGUCAAUAUUUUAUUCACUUUUUUUUAUUAAUGUAAUUUUUUACUAAUAUUUUGAAAAUUUACUCAACAAACUGUUACUAUUAUAAUAUAAAAAAGGUUAAUUAAUUAAAACACUCUUUUACAAAUAUUAUACUUACUGAUUUUGUUUUGUUACUUUUUUUCGCUUACAAAUUUGUGAUAA